AUGCCAGCCCUGCUACAUACGUCUAAUUGGGUGGACGGUGCGCACACCGCUCCCACCGCCGACCACAUACAGGUGAUCAACCCCGCGACCGAGUCCACGAUAGGCACUGUCGACGCCACGCCGCGAGAAGCCGUCGAUGCAAUCAUCUCCGAUUCUCUGCACUCAUUUCGCACUGGCAAAUGGUCACGCGCCGACGCGUCAGAGAGAUUCUCCGUCCUGUCCAAGGCGGCAGUGCUGCUGCGAGGGCGGAUGGCAGAGUUCGUCGAGCUGGAGACGCAGCAGACCGGCCGGCCUGUCCGUGAGAUGCGUGCCCAGUUGGCCAGGAUACCGGAGUGGCUGGAGUAUUUUGCGUCGCUGGCUCGUGUGCAUGAGGGACGGGUCACGCCCUUCAAGGGACCGGUCAUCAAUACUGUCACGCGCCUGCCGCUGGGCGUGGUGGUGCAGAUUACGCCCUGGAACCAUCCUCUCCUGAUAGCGACGAAGAAGAUCGCGGCGGCGCUCGCGGCGGGUAAUGUGGUGGUGGUGAAGCCCUCCGAGCUGGCACCGUUGUCGGUUUUGCGGCUCGGAGCGUUGUUUCAAGAGGCCGGACUACCAGAUGGGACGUUGCAGAUCGUGUGUGGCUACGGACGAGACACGGGCAAGUUCUUAUGCGAGAAUCCCCUGGUGGCCAAGAUUGAUUUGACCGGCGGGAUCGCCACGUACAAGGCCAUCGCGUCGAAGGCGGGGGAAAACAUGAUUCCGAUCACGGCGGAGCUGGGGGGAAAGGCCCCAGUCUGUUUUCUCCCAAGCGUCGAAGUCGAGCAGGCCGUGAGGGCCGCACUUUUCGCCAGCUUCAUCGCAAGUGGCCAGACGUGCGUGACCGGAAGUCGUCUGCUCGUACACAAGGAUUUCUAUGAUGGAUUUGCCGAGCUGUUGGGGAGGAGAGUCAAGGCCCUGCGGAUAGGCGAUCCACAAAAUCCACAGACACAGAUUGGAGCGGUCAUCUCGAAGGCCGCUCAAGCGAGAUGCACCGCAUUCGUGGACCGUGCCGUCAAGGAAGGUGGCAAGAUCCUCUGUGGUGGAAACCCGACGACUGUGGCAGGGAAGGGGUUCUUCUUCGAGCCCACUAUCAUCGAAACGCACCAUGGCUCUGAUUUAUCCUGCAACGAGGUCUUUGGACCAGUCAUCGCGCUUGUCAAAUGCGAGUCUGAGGAGGACAUUAUCCGUGUCGCCAAUGACAGCCCCUUUGCGUUGGGAGCGUCGGUCUGGACGAACGAUAUCUCCCAGGCACAUCGGAUGGCGGAAAAGAUUGAGGCGGGCAUCGUCUGGAUCAACGGACACCACCUGAACGACCCUUCGUCGCCCUGGGGAGGGUUUAAAGAAAGCGGGAUGGGCAAGGAGAAUGGCGUCGAGGCCUACGAGAGCUAUACGAAGGUCAAGAGCACCGUGAUCAACUAUGGCAUUCCUCCUGCGUGGUUCGACGAAGAGGUUGAGAAUGCACGGUAUGGAUGA